ACCUCUAUUGGCCUUCACCUUUAAGAUUAUCCAAAACUUUAUCAAACAAACGAAUAUUAUAGAAUUAUGGUUUUUUUAAGAGUGAUUGCACAAUAAUGGAAGAUAUUUCUGAAACUACGCCCAUUCUCUCUCCUACUGUUUCUGCGGAAAAUGAGGAGAAGAAAGAGGUUAUUGUAUUUGCUCGCCAGCAAAGAGCUCCAAUUUGUACACUUCCAAUUGAAAUUGCAGUUGUAUUAUACUUCUUGAGCAUGUCAGCUGGAAUGCCAAUCCUUUCCCAGUAUGUUUACGAGAGAACUGCAACAGAAUUCAAUGCUACGGCUGAAAUUAAUGUCACUUGCUCGGAAAAUGACACUGAUUUAGAUAAAACUAUUCAAAGGAAUGCUUCAAUGAAGAUGUUUUGGUUGAAUUUAUCAAUGAUGGGGCCAUCAAUUGUGGCAACGUUGUUUUAUAGCUCGUAUAGCGAUUCAAUUGGGAGAAAAUUGCCCUUGUGUCUUCCUAUUUUCGGGCUUGCUGUCCACUAUAUAUCAAUGUUUCUGGUUACUCAUUUUUCUGCCGAUAUAAGAUGGCUAUAUAUUCCAUUUCUAUUUGAGGGAUGUAUGGGAGGUUCUGUUACGUUUAUCGCAGCUGCAUUUUCUCAUCUAUCGGACAGAACAACUACAGAACAAAGAUCGUUCAGGAUAAUCGUAAUGGAUUUCUGUAUGGGAUUUACAAGUGCCCUUAUGAAUUUACUGUCAGGGUAUAUCAUAGAAGGACUUACUUAUUCGUAUACUUUCCUUUUACUAUUUGCUAUCUCAGUUUUAUGUUUAAUUUACUCACUAGUUUUCAUAUCGGAAACCAUAAAAAGAGAGAGUGAAGCCAAGCACAAGAUUUGGAAAAAUAUUAAGAGAUGCUUUCAAGUCUUUUUCUCAGAGCAUCAUCGUCGCAGAAAAAAACUACUUACUUGCCUUAUGCUAGUUUUACUAUGUGCUCCAGUGGUUUCGAGAGCAGACAUUAUAACGUUAUAUUUUAGGACUAGACCUCUUUGCUUUAGUCGUAUAAAAAUAGGCCUAUUUAAUUUCGGAUGGCUUAUAUCCUCCUACGCUGGUGGUAUAACAUUAACGGCACUAUGUCGAGAUAGAAUUGGCGAUACAGGCUUGAUUCUAGUCGGCUGUUUAAGUAUUUCUCUUUCAACAUUACUCAAUGCAUUUACAACACGAAUAGUCGAAGUUGUUUUAGUUGUUUUGCUAAGUUCUUUCGUCGUUCUACCAGUAUCAAUGACAAGGUCUUUCGCUUCUAAAUUGGUGGAUCGAUCAGAUUACGGAUCAAUCUUCGCAGGAAUUGGAUGCUUACAAUCAAUAAGCUUUUUAUUAUUUACAUUAGCCUUUGAUGGGCUUUUUGCCGCAACAGCUGGAUCGUUUAAGGGAUCCGUUUUUAUUCUUCAAUCAUUCAUGGGAAUUGUUUCUUUGUUUCUAGCAGUACUCCUGAUUAUUUGGUCGAAGAAGGCUGGUAGGCUUAUAAAUAAUCCUUGA